AUGGAACAAUAUAAAUGGGAAGUGGGCACGCAUUUCCCUGAGAAAAGAGAUUUUACAGAAGCUAUAAGAACGUAUGAAGUAGAGAAUGGAAGGAAAUUAAAAGUUUAUAAAAAUGACAAAAGAAGAGUGUGUGUCAGAUGUUCUGGGGCAAAAGGAAAAUGUCCAUGGUAUGCAUAUGGUGCAUAUAAGGCAGCUGAAAAUACAUGGCAGCUAAGGAAGAUUAUAAACAAGCACACAUGCAGUAGGGAAUUUAACAUACGUUUAAUGACUUCAAAAUGGUUGAGUGGGAGGUUAGAGAAGACCAUAAAAGAGAAUCUCAAUAUUAAUCUUUAUAACCUCCAAAACAAAGUUUCUAAGAAGUGGAACAUUGAUGUUUCUCAGUCUACAACGUGUAGGGUAAAAGCAAUGGGUUUUAAACAAAUAGAAGGUGAUUUUAAAGAACAAUAUAAAAGACUCUAUGACUAUGCAAAUGAGUUGCUUCGGUCUAAUCCUGGUUCAACUGUCAAAGUUAAGGUUGAACCUAAUGCGGACAAUCCAAUAUUCAAGAGAAUAUAUGUGUGCUUCAAGGCCUUUAAGGAAAGCUCCGUGUCUUGUAGGCCUAUUAUAAGUUUAGAUGGUUGUUUCUUAAAAGGAAAAUAUGGAGGUGAGUUGUUAACUGCAGUUGUAAGAGAUGAGAAUGAGAAAAUGUGUCCUUUGGCAUAUGUUGUUGUUAAGGUGGAGAAUAAGGACAAUUGGCUUUGGUUUUUACAAUUACUCAUUGAUGAUCUUGGUGGUGUGGAGCUUUCUUCAACAAUCACAUAUAUGUCAAAUCAACAAAAAGGACUUUUGCCAGCAUUACAUGAACUUCUAUCUUGUGUGGAACAAAGAUUUUGUGUGCGUCACGUUUAUGCUAAUUUUAGGAAGAGAUUUCCUGACCAAAUUAUAAAACGUCUAUUAUGGAAUGCAGCAUCAUCAACACACCCUCCAGCAUGGGAGGCAGUGAUGAGAGAAAUUAAAGAUGUCAAUCCAGAUGCCUUUAAAUACUUGCUAGCAAUUCCACUAAGAUUUUGGUCACGUUCAAGGUUUACGGGUAAAGUUGUUUGUGACACCUUAGUCAAUAAUAUGUCUGAAGUUUUCAACAGUGUCAUAUUACAUGCCAGACGUAAGCUCGUCAUCACAAUGAUGGAAGAUAUUCGUAUUUGGUCAGGACAUAAAAUUUUUGAGGUGCGACACACUUCAAUGAUUGAUGAGAAGUAUGUUGUUGACAUAGAUAAAGUCGAAUGCAGUUGCAGAAAGUGGACUUUAACAGGAAUCCCAUGCUAUCAUGCACUAGUUGACAUGAAUUGUUUGAACAUCAAUGGAGAAGACUACGUCCCAAAUUGGUUUAGAAGGUCAACAUACCAAGAAACAUAUAUUACAAUAAUAUACCCUGUCAAUGGUCAUCACCUAUGGGAAAUGACUUCUCAGCCUGAUGUCUUGCCUCCACCUAAAAGGGUGUUACCUGGUAGACCAAAAAAGAAGAGAAGGCUAGAGGCUUGGGAGCUAAAGAAGGAUGACACACAACUAAAUCAAAAUGGAACUCAUAAGAGAGGUUCCAUGUGUAGAUAG